UACCUUAUCCUGAAUCUUCUGAUCUACAUCUAUUUGAAAACAGGUUCAUAGUAGAUGAACUUAACUACGAUAGAGAUGAGAUGUCUGCCAAGUGCACAAAUUUGCUAAAUUUAAUGACAGAUGAACAAAAGCAUGUCUAUAAUCAGAUAUUGGAAUCUGUUUUGUCUGACUGUGGUGGUUUUUUCUUUUUAUAUGGAUACGGAGGAAUAGGGAAAACAUUUAUUUGGAACACAUUGUCAGCAUCUCUACGGUCCCGAUGAUUGAUUAUCCUGAAUGUAGCUUCCAGUGGUAUUGCUUCGUUAUUACUACCAGGGGGAGAACUGCUCAUUCAAGAUUGUGUAUUCCACUACAUGUGAAUGAUGUAUCUACAUGUAAUAUUAAACAAGGAAGCUUACGGGCAAAUUUGCUUUUGCAGACUAAUUAUAUGGGAUGAAGCGCCCAUGUUGAACAAGUUUUGUUUUGAAGCCCUGGACAGAACAUUGAGGGAUUUGAUGAGAGCACGAGAUGAAAGCAACGCAGACAAACCAUUUGGUGGCAAAGUGGUAGUGCUUGGAGGUGACUUUAGGCAGAUUCUGCCUGUUAUCCCAAAAGGGUCAAGACAAGAUAUUGUUAAAGCUACCAUCAAUUCAUCUCAAUUAUGGAAGCACUGUAAGGUGUUGAAGUUAACCGCAAAUAUGAGAUUAAGAACUGCUGGAUCCUCAGAAUUUGCAGCAGAUAUAAAGGCCUUUGCUGAUUGGAUUCUUCAGAUUGGCAAUGGUGAAUUUGAAUCAGAUGAGAGUGGAGAAGCUGAUGUAGACAUACCUACUGAUCUGUUAGUUGAGCCAGGUGAUAAUCCUGUUCUUGAUUUGGUUAAUUUUGCAUAUCCAGAUCUCUUGACUAACAUGAAGGAUUACAAGUUUUUUGAAGAGAGAUGCAUAUUGUGUCCGACUCUUGAAUCAGUUCAGAUGAUGAAUGAUUUUAUGCUGAACUUAAUUCCCGGUGAACCAAAAGAGUACUUCAGUUCAAAUACAGCUUGCAGGUCUGAUGCGGAUUCAGAGAUACACUCUGAGUGGUUUACUUCUGAGUUUUUAAAUGAUAUAAAGUGCUCUGGAAUUCCAAAUCACAAGUUGAGUUUGAAGAAAGGGGCUCCAAUAAUGUUAUUGAGAAAUAUAGACCAGUCGGCUGGGUUAUGCAAUGGAACUCGCCUCAUAGUUAAUGAUCUUUCACCGAAUGUUAUUGGUGCCACUGUGUUAACAGGAACUAAUAUUGGUGAAAAAAUAUUCAUUGGAAGAAUGAGUAUGGUGCCUAAUGAUUCGGGCUACCCAUUUAAAUUUGAAAGACGACAAUUCCCAAUUUGUACCUGUUUUGCUAUGACGAUCAACAAAAGUCAGGGACAAUCUUUAUCACAUGUUGGACUCUUCCUUCCUCGACCUGUUUUUACGCAUGGGCAAUUAUAUGUGGCUCUCUCACGGGUGAAAUCAAGAAAGGGUCUCAAAAUUUUAAUUCUAGAUGAAGAACAGAAAGUAAUGAAUUGUACCAAGAAUGUGGUGUACAAAGAAGUGUUUGCAAACAUUUGACUAUUGUGC